GCCAAACAGUCUACACAGCAAUGCCUUUAGAAGCCGAACAAAUAAUCCAGCGCCUCCAGCAAUGGGGUGCGUGCGAUGUUGCUGACGGUCUCUCGAAACUCAAAUACCCCAACGGCGGCUUCCUCGAGGGCCUGACGCUGUACUCUCCCGAGUUCCAGUCCGGAGACACAAAGAUCGUGGGCCAGGCGUUUACGGUGAAAUUCGUGCCCAAGAGCGACGAGGCUGCGCCGAAGCUCGAGGGAAAUUAUAUAGACAUGAUCCCCCGCGGCGCCGUCGUCUUCAUCAGCCAACCUCUACCGCAGGUCAACGCCGUCUACGGCGGGCUCAUGACUCUGCGCGCGCUGGCGCUUGGUGCGGCGGGGGUUGUGAUUGAUGGUCGGGUCCGCGAUCUGGGCGAGCAUCGUGCGUUGAAGUUCCCCCUGUUCGCCAAAUCCGUGGGGACAACCGCCGGCGGCGAAGUGUGCCGCCCCUCAGAGGUGAAUGUCUCUGUGCGGCUACAAUCAGAGCACCAAGAAGCCUGGAUUGCGCCGGGGGAUUACAUUGUUGCGGAUUUGAAUGGGGUCGUAAGGGUUCCGGCUGGGCUUGUCGAGAAUGUCCUCGCGGUUAUCCCGGGGAUUGUCGAGGCGGAUGAGAAGUGUGCAGAGGGAAUUAGAAUGGAGAGGAGUGUCAAGGAUGUUUUUCGGGAGUUUAGGGGGCGGUAGACCCUGCCUUGCUUUUGGCGGUGUGCGUUGGUUCAAGUGAUGGAUGGAGUGGUAAAUUGGAAUGGGAGGGAUGGGUUUGUAGGGCGAAGAGGAGUGCAUUAUUUAACGCAUGUAGUUACUCUACUAACUCGGGAUAAGUAAUGUGGAGGAGAAACUGGGCAUGGUGUUCGUGGUGUAGUAUAGUUGUCCUCAGAAUAUCCCAACCAGAGCACCAUGAUGGAACCCAU